AUGGACCACUCUCCGUCACAGGUUAAGAGUCAAUCAACCGCUGCUGGAUCCGACUCCCAACCAGAUUUGCCCCCCGGCAAGUUAUGGGAUAUUCAAGAUCCAUUCAGAUACGCCCCGCCUAAACCUGAAGGGGAUUUGUGGGCUCUGCUGUUAGACCCAUUGAUCAAGAAGGACAGGGCUCAAUGCGAGGCAUGGAAAGAUGAAGUGCAGAACUUGCUCAUUUUUGCUGGACUUUUCUCUGCGGUUGUUACCACCUUCAUUGCGAAAUCGUAUAAGAACCUACAGGCGGAUCCCAAUGACACUAUUAUUGCCCUUCUUUCUCAGAUAGCAUUGCAAGCGGAACGGUCUCUCAAUUCAACUGCGGUUAGACUGGAGCCUGAAAACCCAUUUGUGCCUACCCAGUCCUCUAUUCGGGUUAACGUCUUCUGGUUUCUCAGUCUUGUCCUUAGCUUGGCCACAGUUGUCAUUGGUAUUGUCUCUUUACAGUGGCUACGCGGACACCAGUCAUACGAGCCGGACCUUUCUCCACGAACAAAAUAUGCGCUAUUCAACAUGCGAGCUGAUGGAUUAAAAGCCUGGCACGUUGAUAAAAUUUUCACCUCUUUGCCACUACUGCUACAGUUCGCCCUGGUCCUCUUUCUUGGAGGGAUUAUUGACUUUCUUCAUGCUAUUGGAUAUUGGUCUGUGACAAUCCCGGUUGGGAUUGCAAUAUCCUUCAUUUUGAUGUUCCUUAUUGCCACCACCGUUCUCCCUUGUCUUCAAUCCGAAGCCAUGCGACGGAUCUUCACAUUCCUACAUCGCACAGAUGUACUCGAUCACCUACCAGAAUUCUUACCCACUGUUAAACGGCUAUUAAGAAAUCUUUUUGGGGGAGAUUCUCACUCUUUCAACCCUCUUAAUGGUCCAGAUUACUUCAAUCCAUUUACAAUAUACCUCCGGAAGGCUUUCCAAGCUCAAUGGUGGUUGCACUUUGAUUUAGCCUGGUUGAGCAUUCAUGAUGCGUACAUGCGACACUCAUUUGACCAGCAAAUAUAUUCCCUUGGUCACGAAGACAAUCUCACAUUUCCCAUUCACGAUGCCGUAGCAGGAUUGCUUUCACAGCGUGACCAAAAACCAAACGCACACUUGGCAUAUCACUGUUUUGAUGAGAUAGCGCUGAUGACUAUUCCAAAUUGGCGUUAUCAUCAAGAAAUCCAGUUCACAAAGUUUCUCAACCCUCCAACCCAGGAUAUGAUCAACGCUGUAAGGACAAAGGGCUAUGCACCAGCAAGCUACAAGGAACUUUUUUUAUCAAUCAUGGUUUAUCUCGAAGACCAAAUGUCCACCCAUAUUCAAGCUUUGACCACUGGCAUGUCGGCCGAGUCAUCCGACAGUGAAAUCCGCCCAUGCCUCCUUUUCUACUUGGCUGCGCUACAUUGCAGGUACUGUUCAAGAUGGAAUGAGUCAUGCAAAAAUUUAGUCAAUGUGGUGUUUGAAUACAAGGCGCUCACUUUGGAUCGUGGUCUGUCCAACCCAGAUAUCGAAGCGGCACUGCGCUCUAUUGCCGACUCGACUCGGAGGGACAAUUCCGUCCUUUUCUCCAACUUGUGGUGGCACGAAUUGAAGCCUUUUGACCUGUGUGCUGUGUCGCACUCUUAG